AUCUUAGGAAGGCUCCAUCAUGGCGUGCAGCCGAGAGGGGAGUGAAUGUGGUCGUGCGUAUAAGAAAACCAGGCAGUGAGUGAAAGAUGAGUUUAUGAGUGAAGAUAUUGGUGUUGUGUGGUGCAAAGAGUUCGUACAUUCAGUACGUUUGUGAACAUGGCUCUCGAGCUUCAGCUUCACAGUCCUGCAGGUGCAGAACCCGUUGUUUAUCAGUGGCCUCUUACUUCGGGGUCGGGCUCGGACAAGCACGAUGGGGCCCUUGAGAUUGUUGAGACAAUUAGAUGGGUGUGUGAAGACGUGCCCGAGCUCAAGCUGCCGAUGGAGAACAACAUCCUGUGCGACUACGACACGCGCAGCUAUGAAAGCAUGAAAAAUCUAUGUGACAGAUUUAACCGGGCGAUAGACCAGAUUGUCCAGUUGGACCAGCAAGGUGACUCCAAAGCUAACGGGAAUGAAGAUGCACCUUCCAGUAAAAAUGGAAAUCAACCUGAAAACGCGAAAGCGUCCGAAAAGGGAACAUCCCUUCCGGCAGCUCGCUUGAACAAACAUCCUUCGAGAGGGCUCCUGCGGCACAUUCUACAACAGGUUUACAAUCAGGCUGUAAGCGACCCAGAGAAAUUAAAUCAGUAUGAGCCGUUUUCACCAGAGGUAUAUGGAGAAACUUCAUAUGAUUUGGUGUGCCAGAUGAUUGAUCAAAUUGAAAUUACAAAAGAUGAUAUAUUUGUGGAUCUUGGGUCAGGUGUUGGUCAGGUAGUUCUGCAAAUGGCAGCUGCUACUCCAUGCAAAAUAUGUUUUGGUGUGGAAAGAGCUGAUGUACCAUCAAGAUACGCUGAGAGUAUGAACUAUCAUUUCCGUAAGUGGAUGCGAUGGUAUGGAAAGAAGUAUGGUGAUUAUCGUUUGAUUAAGGGGGAUUUUCUACAAGAUGAGCACCGGGAGAAGAUUGUUAGUGCGACAAUAGUGUUUGUCAAUAACUUUGCAUUUGGACCAACUGUAGAUCAUAUGCUGAAGGAGAGAUUUGCUGAUUUGAAAGAUGGUGCUAGGAUUGUUUCAUCCAAAUCAUUUUGUCCUUUGAAUUUCCGAAUUACUGACAGAAAUUUAAGUGAUAUAGGAACUAUCAUGCAUGUGUCAGAAAUGUCACCAUUACGUGGUUCGGUGUCUUGGACAAAUAAACCUGUGUCUUACUACCUUCAUGUAAUAGAUAGAGCUAAGGGAAAUGGAAAUGCAACUGCUGCUGCGGCGGCGGCGGCGGCGGCGGCAACAGCAGCGGCAGCAGCAAGUGGGAGGGAGAGAAGUAGAGAUGGAGAAGGAGAGGAGGAAAAUUUGCCUCCUCGAUCAGUUCGUGAUCGGGCACGCCGUGACUUGAGCAAGCAACUGAACAUUGAUACCAGCUCGAACAGUUCGCGAGAUAGUGAUGAUAGCAAUUCAGUACCUGGAAGUAACAGCAGUUGCAGUAAUAAUAAUAAUACUACAAUCACCACUAAUGGCAGCAAGCCUGUAACUGGCCCAACCACUCGGAGAGCUUGGAGUGACUGGUGCAGCAGCAAGGGGAAGAGUAGCCAAAGUGAAGAGGAAAACAACAAUGGAAAUGGAAAAGCAUCCAAGGCACGGAAACCAAAGAAGUUGAGACGCAAGCUACCUCGGGUGGGGAAACAGUCGCUGCCUGACACAUCAUGCCUACAACAGCCCCCACAGCCACCACCAGUAGCUCCCCCAACUUUACCACAGCGAACUCAGGCAAAAAGAGGGGUCCGUGGCAGAGUGAAGAAGGGCAAGCCAAAGAAGACAAUAAAAAUCAAUGGGUUGGAUUUGCUCCACAGCCAAACUCUCUUGAGCACAUCACCUCAAGCCAUUGGCAAGAAGCCACCUCCCGCUCCUGGUUGUGUAGAUCAGCAGUUAACAUCCCUCACUCUGUCAUCUAACACAACAAACAAUGUUCACUCAGAAUUGGACAUUCCUCCUGCACCAGCAGAAACUCCGUAUGCUCUCCAGAUUCUUCUUGAUUUGUACAGAGCUCAAUUCAUGCAGAUGGUGGACAUGAUGAAGAGCCCGAGAUAUAAAGAUGAUGUCAAUGUACAAAUAGAGAAGGAGAAAGAAAGGAAUAUGAAACUAAUGAGUAGAGCUGCUCAAUUGGAAAAGCAGAUAAAGGUUCUUAUUGAUGAUAGUGUGGCUUUAUUGAAAGCUCGUAUGUCAGAAUUAGGGAUUAAUGCAAAUUCUCCUGGUGACCUUCUGGCCAAAGCAAAGGAAAUUGUUCUAAGACACAAGGAAUUGCAAGCAAAGGCAUCAAAAUUACAAGCACAAGUUACUUCAAUAGAACAAGAUCAGGCUAAGUUUGUCCACCAGAGGCAACAGGAAAUAAUUGAGAAGUAUCGAAAAGCCGGUAUUAUUUCAACAGCAAAUCAAGGAAACAUAGAUACGACAGGAUUAACACAAGAUUACAUUCUGAAAGAGAUAUCGGCAACUUUGAGCCAUAGGAAAAAGUUGCAUUCAAAGGUAUCUCGGUUAGAAACUGAACUUACUGCUCUUCAGAAAGUGACAGAAGAUCGUAAACCACAACCAAACCCUUAUGUUGGAGGUAUGAAGCCACAUAGUACAAGUAAUGGAUAUGGAAACACUCCUCCAGCAAAUUAUUCAGAAAAAGUUCAGCAUGCACAUCCUCCACUUCAACCUCCAAUUAUGGUUCAAAACCAUCACAAUCACGCGGCAAAUUCUAAACCCCCUCGGAAGGGCAGAGAUAGUCGCUCUCGCUCACAAGACUGGCCUGAUGUUCCUGACAUUGGAAAAAUUGAAGAAAACAACCCUGAAAUUUUGGCUCAAAAGAUCUUGGAAACAGGUCGACAGAUAGAAGCUGGAAAAAUCAGAGAAGGACCAAAAUUUAAUGGUAGUCAUAACAGUAAUUUAAUUCAACCACCUGAUGGUCUAAUGGCAAAUCCUGAAACUUCAAAUAAUAGCAACAGCAAUGCUGCUAACGUUCGCUAUUCAAGAGAAUAUAAUCCCUCAUGUCCAACAAACAAUCCUCGUCACAUGCAUUACCCUGCUGCAACUACGGCUAUGUCAACUGCUCCAGAAGCAUCACCUGGAGCCCCUCCUGCACCACGCCCUCAACAGCGUCCUGCUGAUGUUAAGCCUUCGAAACACAUUCGCUCAUCCAGUGGAGGUAGCACCAAUUCUAAUAGCAAUAAAACUGCCAAUAUGCCCAGCACUGCCAUUAAUAGAACACAAGAACCUCCAAGAGUAGCGAAUUUUGAAGAUAGGUUAAAAAGUAUUAUUACAAGUGUUCUCAAUGAAGACCAGCAAAACAGACAGCAGCAGCAGCAGCAGCAGCAGCAGCAGCAGCAGCAACAACAGCAACAGCAACAACAGCAACAGCAGCAGCAGCAGCAGCAGCAGCAACAACAGCAACAACAGCAACAACAACAACAGCAACAACAGCAACAACAACAACAACAGCAAACUCUGCAGAAUAAUGGAGUGAUGCCUCAAGGACCUGGUUUCAUUUCCAAUAAUGCUGGAGGCACCACAACUCCAAAUUAUAAUAACCAUCCAUAUUAUUCUGGAAGUAAAGUAAGUGGAUCGAAUAUAUAUGCUACUGGCUCUUCAAUUGAAACUAAAAUGCCCCGUGAGAGCAAGAAAUCUGCAGAUGAGCGAUCUUAUCUCAGAGAAGGAUCUGUUUUGUCCGCACAGCCACGUAAUGUAACAGCUCUUCAACAACCUGAUUACACUCAAGUAUCUCCUGCAAAACUUGCAUUAAGACGUCACCUCUCCCAAGAAAAACUUGCUGCUGCUUCUGCUCAGCAAAUUCAGGCCUUGGGGAGUGGUGAAAAAGGAUAUGUGGCCACACGGACGAUCGGGGACUUGGUCAGUGGGGAAAUUGAACGCACUCUGGAAAUAUCAAACCAGAGUAUUAUAAAUGCAGCUGUCGAUAUGAGUACAAUUAUGGUUGGGAAUACAACAACACCAGCAACUGUUGUGAACCAGAACAUGCCUCCUCGUCCGGAAAGGGUAAAUGUACGUUUAAAUCGCAUAGUGGAGGAUUCUCUUGGUCGGAAAGAAGAAGACCGAACUGGAGGUAAUAGUCCUUCACCUCUGCAUCACACUCCAGUUUAUUCUCCCAUCUCUCGUCCCAGUAGUACCGAAGGAGCUCUCAAUGCAGCUGGAAAUCCACCAACACCAACACCAGCGGGAAUAUUACCACCUCCAGCUCCUGCCCUUGAGGGUUUGGGCUAUGCACAUCAUCCCAAAUCUCCACCAGCUCAACACCCACAUCAUGGUCUUGCAACACUGGCACAUGUUGCCUAUAAUCAUAUGACUUCCAACUAUUCACCUCAGCCUAAUUCUUCUACUCCUCCAAACUUUUCUCCACGGACAACAGUCCUCUACCAGCCUUCAUCCACUGCUUUUGCUUCCUCCACAUCAACCAAACCAGGGACACCUCAGAAUGUAUCAUCCUGUCGAUAUGCUGAAAGCAGUUACACUCCUGUGCAGCUUCCACGGGCAGACAUUAAGCCAUAUCAUGAGUCAUAUUUCACAGACACCAAACCUCCAAUAAUUGUGACUGCUGCAUCAUCUCAAGAUAGCAAACCACCAUCGCAACUAUCUGAAGAAAUGAAUAAAACGGGGAGCUCUCGAGAUUUGGAGUCAUUUGGUCCUGUUGAAGGUCUCGCUGCAUCUCUUCAGUCACGUGUGCUAUGCAGUCAAGAGAAUUCAAGUUCUAAACAUUCAUUGCCAUCUGACCUGCUGCCAGUAAAAGAAGAAAUAGAUGAGAGAGUAAAUCCACGAUCAGAUUGUAUGCUUUAUGACAGUAGAAAUCACCACCAACGAUUAGAUCCUGUGAAAACGGAGAGGCAAGAUGGCAAGAUGGAAAAUCAUAGAUUAAGUGAUCAGCGCUUUAGUUCAGGGAUUGAUGAUGAUGGAAACAAACAGUUACUUUCAUCCUUGGUAAUACCUCAACAAAAUGCAAACUCUAACACUGCCAUUAUUCAGAGUCCUACAGCACCAUUGGACGUUGUGAAAACUGAAGUAUGUGAAGUGUCUAAAAUGUCUGAUAAUAGUGAUUCCUUUGGACGAACAUCUAGUUGUAGUAGUUUCUCUAGUAGUAAAAGGGCAUCACCUGUCAUUCAUGGACCAGUGCGACCUCAUAAAAAAAUGCAUCUUGGUAGUACAGACAACUGUGGUCGAAAUGAACCAGACAAUGCAGUGUCCUCAGUUUCAUCUGUAGUAGCAAAUAUAAGUCAGCCUAUAGCAAUUAGUGCAAUCUCUUCACCUGAGUUACAUUCAGGAAAAUCUACACCAACUCCAGCAGUGCCUCAAGGAGAUGAGCUACCUGUUGAGAGGAGCAAUAGCAGGCAAACGGAAGAACGAGAAGAAGAUCCAGAAGAUGAUGACACUGGUAACCGGAAGAUUGACAAAUGGCAAGAUAAAAUCAGCAGUGGCUUUGAUCGUCUUAUGUCGUUUGCAUCAACUGAAUUGGACAAACGUCGUCGGAGCACAGAAGGUGCCUCUCCUCGUGGUGGUGAUUCCGCUGCAAGUUGUAACACCAGUCCCGACAGUGGCAUUGGCCAUGGGGACCCUCCUCCACCACCUCCUGUGCUGCCUAUGGCUGUGAACAAGAAGAGGGUUUAUGGGGACCUUGGACCUGGAAGCCCAGGUCCCAAAAUGCCUCGCCUUUUUAAGACACCCUCUUCAAAACCGUCUCCUCAGCAAAUGGGCAGAGAUUCCCCUCCUAUUUUGGAACCACCUCUCAUUGAUGAUACUACUGGUCCACCAAGAACCCCUUCUCCAUCUUCUUCAGCAGAUGAACCCCCUCUGAUAUCUGUUGCUCUCCCAAUUAGCCCUGCUCCACUGGAUGGGCCCUACAGUCCAAUAUCAGCAUCCAGCAUCUCUGCCAACAACGGCGAAUCGUGCAGCCCCCCACCCCUUCCUCCCUCUGUACCAUUGAAGUACCAGCGCCCUGAAACGUCAGAUCACAAAUCAAGAGGUGAUCAUCAUUUCAAGAAAAAAUUUUUUCAUCGUGAAUGGAAUUCUGUGAAUCAUUGGCAGGGAAACGCAAAUCAAAGUAAUCAUCACAGUCAUCAUCAUAAGGGUAAAUUCCGGCCAAAAGGUAAAGACUGGGAGUGGCAUGGAACGAAAGGUCAUCACCAAGGCCCACCCAUGCCUCUGCCUCCCGAUUUCUCCGUCCCUCCUCCACAUCUUGUUAACACAGCUGUCCCUCCACCUUAUCACCCACACGGUAGGUUUCCAUCGCGCUAUCGAGCCAAUCAUUCUUGGGAGAGAUAUUCAGGUUAUAGUGGUCAGGAGAGUAAUGUACAAGAUGCAACUCCUGUGCCCUCUAGCAAGAUAUCUCGAAUUUAUAAUUCUUAGUUUGAAUGUGCAUUGUUGAAUCUUACCCCUCUUGUCACAUGUCAAUUUGUGGUAUGAGCCCAUAUCAUUGUCAUAUGAUGGGAAUUUGAAAAUUUCUAGUGGCAGGGAAUAAAUAAUCAGUGAUACCUUUUAAGCAAAUCUAAUGUGACGUCCCUCAACAAGGUGUUUGUAAAAGUAUGCACAUUCAAAACAUGUGAAAGUUGGUUCUGUAGAAUCAAAUUCUUUAUGCAGCUUUCACAUUGUGAUUGUAAUAUGUAGUCUUGUAUUGAUAAAAGUGCUGUGUGCUGUGUGAAUGUUAUAUGGUUAUGUGAUAAAAUUUUAAGGGAAUUCAUGAAACCCAUCACUUGCUUUUUAUGUAGAUAGAUUAUGUAUUUUAUUGAGCAAGAUAAUCCGAAGAAUGGCAGUACAUUGUUAUAGAAUGCUUGAUACAGUGGAUAGUCAAGGGAAUUUAAUUUAUUUGUGAUUAUAGAAGUUUAUUGAAACCAGUGUUAAUAAUUUUCAUGGUGCUAAUCAAGAAAUCACUAUUAUCAUAAUUCAAGGAGGUGGAUUUUGUUGUUUUGGAGAGAUUUAGAAGAUUUCGUUUACAUCUUAUUGCCUGUAUAUAUCAGGUUUUUAAAUACCUGUGAAUGUCAAUUUUUAGGAUCCAGUUGGAUUAGGGAGAUACUAAUCUUUCUUAGUUUGAGUAAAAUUAUUUACUUUUGAAGUCACAAUUAUUUCAAUUUUUCAAACAUUCCUGUUUAAACAUAUUUAAUAUUCUUAGAGAAAUUAACUUAAAAAAUAAGUAGUAAGAUGCAGUUAAUCAUUGAUUUACACUAUUAAUACAGUUCCUCACCUGCUUUAACUUGAAUAGACUCUGUAUCAAGCACACACCCAAUUCAGUGAUUGCCAAAGGCAAUUAUUAAUUGUGACUUCUGAAGAAGAAAAAUUAAAAUUGUACUUCCUUGCUCAAAUUAAAUCUUUCUUUAACUUACUUGGACAGAUCAUGAACAUAGAAUGUAUUUCCAUUAUUGUAAUUACAGAUUGGAUUGUGGACUGUAGAUUAGUGUAUGAAGUUGAUGAUGUGUUAGUGUAGAAAAUAGGAGCUGAAGGUGAGGAAAUAGAUGUUCUAGAGCUUAAGUCAUAUCUGGGUAUGUGCAUCUUUGGACAAUCAGUGUCUGCAUUGCAUACAUGUUUUUGUUUCAGAAUAGGCAAAAAGAAAAUAAUUUUGAUUCCUUUAAAAGUGUUCAUUUGUCUUGUUGUCAUAAAUUGUGCUGUGAUGGGCUUCAUAAUCUGGCUACAACAGAACUGCCAUCUUAAGUGUUUAUAAUUUUAUAAAUGGGAUUGCUCAAUUGUAUUAUUCGUUAGAGCAGCAAGGUCAUGAAUGUUCUUUCCUGCUAUAAGAUGUAUAUCUCAUUUAUUGUUAAAUUCAUCAAGGAAAAUAAAGUGCAUUUGUAGAUGCUGAAGGCAUUCAUACUGUUGAAUUCUUAUAUGUAACUUCAUCUCUGCAUAUUGACUCAGGGGCAAGGAAGUGAAAAUAUAUUAGUAUAAUCUCAAAUAUUUGAAGACACUCAGUGCUAAAUAUGAUUGAUGUGUUUAUCUUGGAGACCAUGGUAUACAAUUUAAUUUCAUUUUAUUCAAUGAAAACCCAAUACUUUAAAGUAUGUUGGAAUAUUCAAACACAUUUUUUCAUCAUACUGGUAGACUAAAGUUUGCUGUGGUCUAUUUUUCAACAAGAUAAUGCAUUACUUUUGUCUGUGUGUGUGAUUUGUUUAAUUUUGGCUCUUGUCAAAUUUAUUUGCGUUAAAAAAUACCAAUUGUGUGCCUGUGAUGAGUGAUGUAUUAUUUUGUAAAAGUUCUGGUGACUUCAUACUGACCAAAAAAUUUAGUGUUAACUUAUUUAUGUGUCAGCAAUUUGUUGAAAUGCCAUACAAUUUAAAUAUGCUAUGAAAAUUGCAGUGAGUUGGAUUUGUUCACAUUUCAUAUAACACGGUGAACUAAAUCCUAGUAGUUUAAUUCACUGCCAUUUUUGUCUUUUAAAUAAGCUAGGCACUGCCAUGUAACUUGUGUUCAUAUGAAAAUGAGAGGAAUGAUAUUAAUGAAAGUCAUUAUAUCAUUUUUCUAUGCAUGGGUGUUCAUUAUUUUUUUCUUUUAUGGUAUACAUUGUAUAUAAUUGUUCCUUUCUGUUUUUAUUGUGCUUCCUCAGUAUCAGCCAAUUUACAGAUUUUUAUCUUGAUUGCAAAGCUGUGUUUUUAUAUUGUGUAUAUUUAUAAAGAGCUCGUGGAAACUUGUACCACUAGAAUACGUUAGUGAUUUAUCUGACUGGUACUGAUGAAAACUGAAGAAAAUGUAUUGCUUUACUUUCUUAUUACGUUUUCUACGUAAUGUUUUUGGCUUGUGUGAUGGCCAUUGUUCUUUAGAAGUUUUUGAUGAUUUAUUUUCUAGGUAUUUUAUUUCAAGAAUAAUUUUUAUUGUAUAUUGUGAGAAUAAUAAUUUAAUGUUCACGUGUGGAAAACCCAGGAAAUACAAUAUUGUGUUGUAUUGUAUUGCUUGCUGUUGAUAAUUGUAGAUCUUUGUUUGUUUGUUUUUUUUAAUUUAAUGAAAUUGGUUGAUACUAGAGAAACAUGUUCAAUAUGUUGUUAUUGUUUUAUGCAAAAUGUUAAUUUACAAAGACUUGUAUCAUAUUCAUGAUCACAUGAAAUUAACACCAGAGUUUUAGUACAACAGGUAAUGUCUUACAUUGCAUUUUAAACAUUAGAAAAUUAAUCUGAAAACAAAUGAAGUACAAAGCAAUUAAAAUAUUUGAAUAUUGGUACUUAGUCUGAGAAUUUUUACUCUCCGUGUUUUGUAGGUUUGUUUUGUGAAUAAAAGUUGAUAGAGAAAGAAGCUAGGCCCGUACAGACAUAUUGUAUCCUUGUGUAAAGUGUAAUAAAUCCUGUAAAUUUAUUUUAGUUUAUUGAAA